AAAAAAGUGUCCCGCUUUAUAUUAGGUGGCCUUAACUAUGUACUUACAUCAAAAAAUAAGUAGGCUACUACACAGUGUCUACACCGGACGCGAGCGGCAAAGUAACCCAUUAUAAUCAGUGAUGCUGUAGUCUGUGAACUGAUACACAGGGAAAGCGAAACUCACCUGAGUCUUAUUUUACUGACGGAUCAACGACGCAGUUUCUUAAUAUUACACGAAAGUGGGAGUAACUACUUUCGUAGUUCUUUUAAUAGAAUUUGGAUGGUAAAAUAAAGUGUACUGUUUGCUACUAUUAUCUCAGCGCGAGCAAACAUCUGCGACAUUAUGGAUUUGAUGUGGAUUAUGGAUUAAUCGCAAACGCGAGAUAUCUCCUGCAUGACGACCACAGGACAGGAUUAAAGGAAAUCCAUUACACAGCUGUUGUCAUCCUGAAGACUGUCCGCAGGUGGUUGAAGGUACUUGGUGCUUGAGGUGCUGAUAUUUCUACCACCAAUUUGAGGGCCAAACAGUGCAAAAUAGGUGUCAGUUUGUACAUCAUCUUCAUUAUUCAUUGGAUAAAAUGAAUCUAGAAUCUGUUAAUGAGCUGCUGCUGAACUCACUGAAGGGACUGGUUUCAACUGAUCUAAAGACAUUUAUUUGGCACUUAAAGAAUAAAUAUCCCUUUAUAUCAAAUCAUGAAAUGGAGAAUGCAGAUCACUUAACAACAGUUGAUAAGUUGGUGACUUGUUUUGGUCCAGAAAAAGCUGUUAAGAUCACAGUGGAAAUCCUGAGGAAGAUUAAUCAGAAUGAACUGGCUAAACAGUUGGAGAACAACCACAAGAAAGAGCCAACUGCAAAGGACAGUAAAGCGUCCCUUUAUGAUUACACAGAUUUCAGCCUUAGUCUAAAAGACAAAUUAAAACAGGAUUACAAAAAGAUAUUGGUUGGUAAUUCUGAGAGAGGUCGUCUGAAAAACCUGACAGAUAUUUACACUAAUUUAUAUGUGGUGAAGAAUGAGACUGGAGGAAUAGUGAAUGAGCACGAGGUAAGACAGAUCGAAUCGAGUCGCAACCGAUUUAAUGCCACAGACACACCAAUACAGUGCAACGACAUAUUCAAAGCCCAAAGCAGAAAAGUGCUGAUGUUGGGAAUCGCAGGUGUGGGAAAGACCAUCUCUGUCAAUAAAUUCAUCCUUGACUGGGCUGAAGGAAAAGAAAAUCAGGAUAUAGUCUUCAUAUUUCCAAUCCCAUUCCGUAGACUGAAUUUGAUCAAACGAGAAUGCAGUCUCAUGGAGCUGCUUCACAAUUGCUUUUUUAGUGGUUCUGAUAAACUUCCAUCACUUCCGGAAGGUGAUGGUAAGGUCAUGUUCAUCUUUGAUGGGCUGGAUGAAUUCCAUUUCCCAUUGAGAUUUGGUGAGAAUGAUGGAUUUACCAAUGUUGACCAAAAAACAACAGUGAGUAACAUAGUUACAAACCUGAUCGAGAGACAUCUGGUUUCCUCUGCUCUCAUCUGGAUCACAUCCAGACCAGCAGCAGCCAGUCUGAUACCCCGAGAUUACAUUGAUCUAGUGACAGAGGUGCGAGGAUUCAGCGAAGAGCAGAGAGAGGAGUACUUGAAAAAAAAUAGCAAUAGCCUCAAGGAUGCUGAAAACAUCAUCCGUCACAUCAGGAAAUACAGGAGCCUUUACAUCAUGUGCCACAUCCCUGUCUUCUGCUGGAUCUCUCUCACUGUUCUUCAGCCUCUGCUGGCUCGAGAGGGCAAUGACAAAACUCCCACCACUCUCACAGGGAUGUACACAAACUUCUUACUUUUUCAGCAACAACAGAUGAUAAAAAAAUACAGAGAUGAUCCUAAACCUCAAGUCAAUGCUAAGUCUUUUGAUCAUUUUUUUCUGAAGCUUGGCAAACUGGCCUUUAAACAAUUGGAGAAAGGAAAUCUGAUUUUCUACAAAGAAGAUCUUGAGGAAUGUGGAUUAGAUAUCAAUGAAGGGUCAGUGUACUGUGGGUUGUGCACUCAGAUCUUUCAGGAGGAAGAGGCCGUUACAGCAAGAAGCACUUACAGCUUCAUACAUCUCAGCAUCCAGGAAUUUCUUGCUGCACUAUAUGUGUUUUUUAUCAACAAAGACAAGAAAGCAAACCCAUUUCGUGAAUCCUGGAAGAAAAUGACGGUGCCUUUUAAGGGAAAUUACAUGUUUCAGCUUCAUAAGGAUGCGAUCAAAAAAGCGUUACAAAGCGAGAAUGGACACCUGGACCUUUUUCUUCGGUUCCUUCUGGGUCUCUCACUGGAGUCCAAUCAGAGUUACCUGAAGGAACUACAGCCAACACUGACACUUAAAACAGAGAAUGUCAAAGACACUGCUGACUAUAUCAAAAAGAAAAUAGAGACAGAGGAAUCAGUGGAGAAAACCAUCAAUCUCUUUCAUUGUCUGAGUGAACUGAAAGAUGACUUUGUGGAGGAAAUCCAGAAAAUUCUGAGCUCAGGAUACCUUUCAACACAGAAUCUCUCCUCUGCUCAGUGGUCAGGUCUGGUGUUUGUGCUCCUGAUGUCAGAAGAGACUCAAGAAAAGUUUGAACUGCAGAAAUACAGAAGAUCUGAUGAAGCACUGAUAAGACUGCUGCUAGUGAUCAAAAACACCAGAAGAGCACUGCUGCAUAGCUGUAAGCUCACUAGUCAGUCCUGCAAAAGUUUGUCUUCAGUUUUGCAAUCCUCAAACUCUGUCCUGAGAGAGCUGGACCUGAGUAACAAUGACCUGCAGGAUUCUGGAGUGAAGCUGCUCUCUGAUGGACUGAAGAGUACAAACUGUCAGCUGGAGAUACUGAGCCUGCAUAGCUGUAAUCUCACUUCUGAGUCUUGUGAGAGUUUUUUAUCAGCUCUAGAGUCUUCCAACUCUGUCCUGAGAGAGCUGGACCUGAGUAACAAUGACCUGCAGGAUUCUGGAGUGAAGCUUCUUUCUGAUGGACUGAAGAGUACAAGCUGCCAGCUGGAGAUACUGAGUUUGUCUGGCUGUAUGGUGACAGAGGAGGGCUGUGGCUAUGUAUCUUCAGCUCUGAGCUCAAACACCUCACACCUGAAGGAGCUGGAUCUGAGCUACAAUCGCCCAGGAGAACAAGGAGUCAAGCUGCUCUCGGAUACAUGCAGCCAUCCAAACUGCACACUGAAGAAACUAAAGCUACAGUCAUGUAAUCUCACUGGUGAGUCUUGUGAGAGUUUCUUAGCAUCUCUACAGUCUUCAAACUCUGUCCUGAGAGAGCUGGACCUGACUAACAAUGACCUGAAGGAUUCUGGAGUGAAGUUUCUUUCUGAUGGACUGAAGAGUCCAAACUGUCAGCUGGAGAUACUGAGAUUAUCUGGCUGUAUGGUGACAGAGAAAGGCUGUGGUUAUGUGUCUUCAGCUCUGAGCUCAAGUCCUUCACGUUUAAAAGAGCUGGAUCUGAGCUACAAUCACCCAGGAGAACAAGGAGUCAAGCUGCUCUCAGAUACACUCAAUCAUCCAAACUGCAAACUCAAUGUGGAUCAUGGAGGAGAGCUCGGGAUUAGAGCAGGACUACACAAAUAUGCCCGUAAUCUCACACUGGAUCCAAACACAGCAAACACUAAACUUGUUCUGUCUGAGGACAACAGAAAAGUGAAACACGUAGAACAGGACCAGCUGUAUCCUGAGCAUCCAGAGAGAUUUGAUGAGUGUCCCCAGGUUCUGUGUAGAGAGAGUCUGUCUGGACGCUGUUACUGGGAGGCUGAAUGGACUGGAUAUGCCGAUAUAUCAGUGACAUAUAAAGGAAUCGGCAGGAAAGGAGAGAGUGAUGAUUGUAGUUUUGGAUUAAAUGAAAACUCCUGGAGUCUGUUCUGCUCUGAUGACAAAUUCACUCGCUGUCACAAUGAUAAUUUAAUUGACAUAAGUGUCCCUUCAGGCUCCUCUAAGAGAGUAGGAGUGUAUGUGGACGUGUCUGCUGGAAAUCUGUCCUUCUACAGCGUCUCUGACACACACACACUCACACACUUACACACAUUCAACACUACAUUCACUGAAGCCCUCUAUGCUGGAUUUAGGUUGGUGUUUUGUGACUCCUCAGUGUCUCUUUGUCAGACUGAAAAUCCUGUGAGCAAUAAUGGAAACGUCACACACAAAUGAUUGAUAGGAAUACUCUAACUUUAUUUACAUUUUGGAAAGUGGGGGCAUAAAUGUAAAAUAAGUUUGGUGCUUAUGAGUCAUUCUGACUAGACAUAUAUUUAGUAAAGCUAACACUUAAAAGUUUACUGUUCAAGGCACAAUUAUUUAGACUGUUAUUAAUACGGAGAUAUAGCAAAAAAAAAAUAAUAAUAAUAUAUAUAUAUAUAUAUAUAUAUAUAUAUAUAUAUAUAUAUAUGUAUGUGACUGUGGUAUGUGAACAUAUUAGACUUGUGACUUCAGAUUCAUUGUUUGACCAUGUCAUGUAUUUUUAUUUUAGUGAAGGCCUAACAAAAUGCUAAUAAAAAUAUUGCUCCAUAACCUCCCCUGCACUCUGUUGUCUAAUGUCUGGCAUGUC